UAGAGCUCAGAUAAUUAAUGAUGCAUGGAACUUUGCAAAAUCUGAAGACCUUAGUCUGAAUAUAGCCCUAAAAACAGUGGAAUAUUUGGCAAAGGAAGACAGCUUUUUUCCUUUUUAUGCUGCCAAUGUUGAACUUGAAUACGUCAGAGACAUGCUAGAAAGAACUGAGCUUUAUGGUGAUUUUUCGGCAUUUAUGAAAAGAACAUUUUCAAGACCAUUGGAUAGGAUCGGUUACAGCCAUACUGUAUCUGGACAUUUGGAAACAUUGCUGAGAAGUUUGGUUGUAAAAAGAGCCUGUGAAUAUGGUGACGAAAAUUGUACAAAUAUUGCCGUCAGUUCGUUUCAAAAUCUGAUGCAGACGACUGUUUCCAAUAAUCCGGUUGAUGUUGAUUCGAGAAGCAGCGUUUACAAUACAGCGAUAAAAUAUGGAGGUGUGAACGAGUGGGAUUUUGCUUAUAACAGAUACAAAACACAUAAUGUUGCAUCGGAGAGGAUACUAAUGUUGCGUGCCUUAUCUUAUAGUAGAGAAGUCUGGGUUUUGAGCAGAUUUCUACAAUAUACCCUAACAGACGACAUCCGUAAACAAGACGGUGUAGAUGCCAUGCGUCUUGUUGGAAGAAAUCCAAUUGGCAGAUCUCUAUUGUGGGAUUUUGUAAGAGGAAAUUGGAAAGAAAUUACAAAACGUUUUGGAAGAGUUUCACAUCUCGUAACAGAUGUUACAGCCAAGUUUAAUACUGAAUUUGAUCUACAGUCGCUUCAGACCUUUAAGGAUAGUAUUCCCGAUUUAGGCAGUUCAUCAGCAGCAUUCGACAGAGCAAUUGAGACAACACAAGCGAACAUCAAGUGGAUGGAUAGUAACUUCCAGAUUAUAAAAGAUUGGUUACAAAGUCUUUAA